AUGGCUGAGUCACUCGACCUAGCCACAGCCGUGACGAUUGAAGGAGCAACACAACAGAUCCGACAAUUGGAAAAUCAAGUCUUGGAGCUGACAACGGCUAGGGAGACUGCGGAAACAAGCCUCUCGCUUUUCAGAAAUCAUACGAAGGAGCUGACAGAUCAACAAAAGGAGCUUGAGUCUAGAUUCAAAACUCAGGACUACCCAUUGUCAGAAUUCGAAGAGCAUUUGUCCAACAUACACCAAAACCUUAGGGCACUUGCACAUGCCUAUUUCGGAGAGCUGCCAUUUAAAGACUUUUGCCAAACUAUUCUUCGUGGCAAUUUCCAGAUAUUCCGUAUUAUGCCUCUGACUGCUUCUGCUGCAUCGAAGUACCUUCGAGUCCGGGCAGCAGAGACGGUCAUCGCAAGUGCUAUAUACCACUCUUAG